UACAGCUCCACUUGGCUUGUCUCGUCUCUUAGCUUGUCUCAUCUUCUAAACUAGUCUUCUACAUACAGCAAUCUUCAUUGGAUAAAUACAACCAGUUUCAGUAUCAGAAGAGAGAUAUAUGAAUUUUAUAGUUUAUCCAUAAAGGGAAUGACCAUACUUUUGUGUUCUUAAAGACAAAAUACUUUUUUGUUCACUUAAAUGGACUACUUCUGUGUUUUCUUUAAACUGGAAUGUGAAAGGAUUUGCUGCUUAAAAGUAAUUUUUUUGUAUUUGAUUUAUUCACUGGAACUUGUUGGUGUAAGGCUAGAUAUCUAAACAAGGUGUUCACACCUUCAAGGCUGCAUAGGCAUGGGCAUAGAUGGAAUACAGUCGAAGGAAGAGGGGGAUGAGGUGAAGGAGAAGAAAGAAGAUGAAGUGAUCCACCUGAGGAGGACAAUAGGUCUGCUUCCGGCUAUCUCCUUCAUCAUCGGUACCGUGGUGGGCAGCGGCAUCUUCAUUGCACCAAAAGGGGUUCUGAUGAACAGUGGUAGUGUGGGGCUGUCACUGGUGGUUUGGGCACUGUGUGGGGUCCUCUCCACCUUCGGGGCCUUGUGCUAUGCUGAGCUGGGGACCACCUUUACAAAGUCAGGGGGCCACUACACCUAUCUGCUGGAGACAUUAGGACCCUUGCCUGCAUUCCUGCGUCUCUGGGCAGAGUUUUUAUUCAUCAGGCCAGCUGUAACAUCCUACGUGUCCCUGGCGUUCGGACGCUAUGUGGUGCAUCCCUUUAGCAGCCCUUGUGCUCCUCCCACAGCAUUGAUUAAACUGGUCAGCAUCCUUGGAUAUUACACCAUGAUGACAGCAGAGGAGCUUCUUGUGUCUGACGCUGUGGCUGUGACGUUUGCCAAUCGUGCGCUUCACGGCUUGGCCUCUGCAAUUCCUGUACUGGUAGCUGUUUCCUGUCUUGGGGCGCUUAACGGUGGCUUCUUUGGAGCACCCAGGAUGCUGUUCGUGGGGGCCAGGGAGGGACACUGGCCAGUCCUUUUCUCAAUGAUCCACAUCCAUCAAAACACGCCUCUGCCUGUUGUUCUGCUGCUGUAUCCGAUGGUGGUAGUGAUGGUGGCCAGAGGAGAGAUCUUCCAGCUGAUCAACUUUGCCUCCUUCUCCCGGUGGCUCUUCAUUGCCAUGGCGACCAUGGGGAUGCUCAUCCAUCGCUACCGCUUCCCCCUCCACCCAAGACCCUUCAAGGUGCCGCUGGCCAUUGCAGUCACCUUCACAGUGGUGUGCUUCUUCAUCGUUGGGCUGUCUCUGUACUCAGACCCCUGGAACACAGGGGGCAGCUGUGCUCUCACCCUGUCUGGAGUCCCUGUCUACUACCUGACUGUGCACCGCUCACACCUGCCCACUCGAUGGAGAAAGAGCUUCAACUACUGCAGUAAGCAGCUUCAGAUACUGCUGGAGGUGGCUCAGCAGGAAGUUCAGACCUACUAAAGACGCCUCUUUAAUCACACACACUGACCAAACGGACACCCAUUGCUGUGCCCUCCAUAUUGUAUGUAGAUGUGAACACCAAGGCAUGUUAGUUAGAUUUGGAAAAUAAUGAGCCGUUAACUCUACAGCAUUCACUGCUGGGAAAGUUAGUUCUGCUGAAAAAAACCCAAUGACUAUUGUUUUUGUUUACUUGAAUUAAUGAGGUGUACUUUUUACGCUUUGAAUACGA